AUGGUGCGUCAGAUAUGUUAUCAGCUUCAACUUCCAAAGAUGAAGAUCUUCUCAAAAUAGUGAUUCUUUCAAUAUUUUCCAUAAUAGAAUUUGAGAAAAUUUUGCAAAAAAUUUUGAAAAAUUGGGAGUUGCCUACCACAAAAACGGUUGAUCUUAUACUUAGAAUCGAACGAAAGAGAAUAAGACCGCAUAAGGCUAUUGAAGAGGAGAGCUAUUCUCAAAGCUUACAAAAUCUAAAACGCAAACAAGAAGAGGAUGAUUCAAUCGACUUUGAAUUGCGAGAAAUGAAGAUAUUUCAAACAACAAGAAAGGUUUACAAGAAGCUCAAAGGUCAUUCAGAUAUUGACAAAAAUGAUUCAGAGACGCAAUUUUUGUGGUCUGAAUAUUAUCAUGUGUUUGGAAAACUAAAUCCUUUGAGCGAAUUUGAUCAUACAUGCGUGGGUAGAAUCUUAAAACCUAAGAAGAAAAUAAAGUUGAAACACAUGAAAAAGGUUGUUGAAGAUGAUUUAAAUGAAGGGGUUAUUGGUAAAAAUGAUAUUAGAUUUAUUGCUAGGAAUGCCAGAAUUACCAGAUCUGCAUUCAAGUAUUCUAGACGUAAGCAGAUUUUUGUUCUAGAAGUUUUAAAGACUAUAGAUGACGUUGUUUAG